AUGGAGGAAAAUGUCCCAGAGAACUGGGAAACUGUUUAUAAUGAGAUUAAAGAGAUGAAGCAAAAGGUGCUUGCGCCCGUGGAUGAGCAAGGUUCACAUACGUUAGGUGACAAAAGAACCCCGGAAGUCUUUCGAUUUCAAACUCUUGUAGCUUUGAUGUUGUCGAGCCAAACGAAGGAUACAGUGCUUGGACCAACCAUGAAGAGUCUGAAGGAGAAUUUGCCGAAAGGAUUGUGUCUUGAGGACAUAAGAGAAAUUGAUGAGGAUUCCUUAAACAAGCUCAUUGAAAAAGUGGGGUUCCAUAACAGAAAAACAAUUUAUCUAAAACAAAUGGCUCAAAUAUUGGAAGAAAAAUAUGAUGGUGAUAUUCCAAAAACCGUUGAAGAGUUGAUGUCUAUCCCCGGUGUAGGCCCCAAGAUGGGAUACCUUUGUAUGGGUAUUGCCUGGAAGAAAAAUGUCGGCAUUGGAGUCGAUGUACAUGUGCACCGCAUUUCAAAUAUCCUGGGUUGGUGCAACACAAAAACAGAAGAGCAGACUCGGUUAGCUCUGCAAAGCUUUUUGCCAAAAGAUUUAUGGCAGGAAGUGAAUUUUAUGCUUGUUGGUUUUGGUCAAACGAUAUGCCUUCCAAGAGGGAGACGCUGUAAUGAUUGCACACUCGCUUCUAAAGGACUAUGUCCAAGUGCAUUCCAAGAGAAAAGUUUGGUGAAAGCAAAGCGCUCAACAAGUACGAAAAAGGUGAAGAAGCGUUCUCCUUCAACUUCCCCAGAGGUUGAUGUGAUCCAAGAUCAAAAGACAGUACACGAAGAAGUGCCUACUGGCUUAAAUGAGCUUCCUCCUAAUGCUUUACCAGGGAAAAAAAUGAAGCUGGAGUCUCCUCUUGAUGAUAGUCAACAAGAAACUUUAACGGAGGAACAUUAUUCGAAGGCUGCAGCUCAGCCAUUAAGGCGGUCGCGUAGAACGGCCGCUGCUGCCUCUGAAUAUUUUUCCCGCCAGCACCUUCACGAUAUUGAAGACUUGGCAUAA